AUGCAUUCCUCCUUGAACCGCAUCCAGUCCGUAUUCGGCUUCUUUACUACAGUCGCGCUGGUUGUCAGCGCACUGGCUGCCGUUUCGGUCGUGCUCUUCCCAGCAGAUGAGACCAAUGCCUCAGUGCAGCUGAAGAACGUGCAGGUUGUCAAGGGCCGCCCGCACUACUACUCCACCAAACGGGAGGAAUAUGCCCAGCUCCGCUUCGACCUCGACGCAGACCUGAGCCCACUCUUCAAUUGGAACACAAAACAGCUCUUCGUCUAUGUCUACGCUACCUACUCCUCCUCCGAUAUCCCCGGCUCACAGGUCCGCGUCUCAGAGUCCAUCAUCUGGGACACUAUCAUCCCCGCGACCCCGUCCCCGUAUUCAUGGGACGUCCUGAAAGACAAGGUCCUUGCGCUUCUUCCCGCGUCUGUUUCAUCUGAGGUUGUGGCCGCUGCAAAGAGGAACGCUAAGCGCCAUGCUAAGUCGGUUAAGUCGACUAAGAGUAAGAAGGAGGCUUUGCCGACCGGUGUUUUGAGACUGCGUGGUCAGAAGGGUAAGUACCAGAUCAGUGAUAUUACUGGUCGUCUGGCUGAGCGUCAGAAUGUUACUCUUCAUGUUGGAUGGAAUGUUCAACCUUGGGUUGGUGCUUUGUUCUGGGCGCCUGGUACUGGUACGGUGCCGCGGACUGGUGGGACGAUUGUUAGCAGUGAGCCUUUUGAUUUCCCUGAGGUGAAGGAUACUAAAAAGGCUGCUGCUGAGAAGAGGGCUAGGGAGGCGCAGAAGGCGGAGAAGGCCAGUGUAUAG